GACUGCGUUAAUGUUUCCGUGGAGUUAUCCCUUCCGUUGUUGUUUAUUGAUUGGUAAACAUGGCUUCUUUUGCAAAGGUAGCUGUGUGUUUCCUCAUUGCGUGUGUCUGUAAUGCAUUCUGUUUUCAGAAGAGAGAUGUGAACUUUAAGGCCUCUGCAGUUGACCGCCAAGAUGGCGCAAGUGAAGAUGCUGUGGUUUCCACCCCAACACCAAAUCCCCCAAACCAAACUACAUCUGCUGGAGCUACUGAGGCCACGACUGAUGGUGAAACUGAGGAGCAGCUGUCUGAUUCUUCAGAGGCCCCAUGUGAACAGGGAUGGACCCGUCAUGCACAUCGUUGCUUUAGGUUUUUCUCCACCAGCCUACCUUGGUCUGAGGCAGAGGGGUACUGUGUGAAAAACGGAGGGAAUCUUGCAUCCAUCCACAACAUUAAGGAAGCACGUCUUGUGGGGGAGUUGUCAGGGAACCGUGACGGGGCUUGGAUUGGGGGCGGGGGAUCCUCUGAGGGUUUUGUAUGGUACUGGACUGAUGGAAGUGCAUUUGACUAUUCCAAUUGGCAUGCAUGGGAGCCCAAUAACCAUGGUGGAAAUGAACACUGCAUCAACACCAACUACAAUGCUGGUGGCGUUUGGAAUGAUUCUCCCUGCCACAGUCGUUUCUCGUUUGUGUGUGCCAAGUAGUAAAGCAUCUCGUGUGGAGUUUACAGACUUUCACUGUCACAUAACUAAUCAAUAAACGCAUCAUUAAAAAGCAA